CCGGGAUGGGACUGGCUUGCAGGCCCCCGGCCCCCAUAUAAGGGCCCGAGCCCGCGGCCUGGCCUUCCUCACUCCCGGGAGCUCAGCGUGUCACAGCCGCAGCCAUGAGGUGUCUCCAGCUCGCCCUGGGCCUGGCCCUUGUGUGUGGCCUCCAGGCCAUCGACAUCCCCCAGACCACGAGGAACCUGGAUAUAAGAAAGGUGGCUGGGAUGUGGCACUCCAUGGCCAUGGCGGCCAGCGACAUCUCCCUCCUGGACUCCGAGACCGCCCCCCUGAGAGUGUACGUCCAGGAACUGAGACCCACCCCCGAGAACAACCUGGAGAUCAUUCUGCGCAAACGGGAAAACAGAACCUGUGUUGAGGAGAACAUCAUGGCCCAGAAGACCGAGGACCCCGCCGUGUUCACCAUCGACGACCAAGGGGAAAGAAGGGUUUCCGUGCUGGACACAGACGACACCCACUACCUGUUCUUCUGCAUGGAGGCGCCCGUGCCCCGCGCUGCGAACGGCAUCAUGUGCCAGUACCUGGCCAGGACCCUGGAGGUCGACAACGAGGUCAUGGAGAAAUUCGACAGAGCCCUCCAGACCCUGCCGGUACCCAUGCGGAUCAUCCUGGACCUGAGCCAGGGGAAGGAGCAGUGCCGCGUCUAGGGGAGCUCCUGCCUGACCUGCUCCUGCGGUCCCAGAGAUGACAUCGUCCCCUUCCUGCCCCAUCAGAGGAAUCAGGAGGGACCGAGCCCACCCGGGGCUCCCAGACCUGCUCCUGCUCAGGCCGCGGGGUCCUCGGGGCCCCUGCUCUGAGCCUCCUCCUCCAGCAAUAAAGGGAUGAAGCAGC